UUACCAUUCGCCUUCCUCUCUUCCACCAGCAACGAACAAAAUGACGCUCCACAAUAAUUUAAACGAGAUAGUGAGGCGGCUAGCUUCCACCAACGCGGUUGUUCUGUUCAGCACGAGUGGCGAUUGCAUGUGCACCGUGGCGAAACGACUCCUCUUAGGCCUCGGGGUUGCCCCCGUCACCAUUGAGCUCGACCACCAUGUCGCCGGUCCCGACAUCCAAGCUGCUGUCUUUCAACUUGCCGGUGGUCGACAACAGCCUAUUCCUGCUGUGUUUGUUGGUGGCAAGUUCCUUGGUGGCAUUGAAACCCUCUUGGCUUGCCACAUUAAUGGCACUUUGGUUCCUCUCCACAAAGAUGCUGGUGCACUUUGGCUCUAAUGAUUUUCUCCUCUUAUGAGACCUAUAUGUUA